AUGGCGUCCAGCGACGAGAAGCCUGUUCCGACGCCGGCCUCGACGGGAGGCGACGGCGGGCCGCCGGGGAGGCCGACGACGACGUCGACGAUGCUGCUGGACAAGGGCGCGGCGGCGCUGCAGUCGCUGCGCCCGGUGAAGCAGAUGAAGCAGCACGUGUGCACGUUCGCCCUGUACGCGCACGACCCGCGGCGGCAGGUGGAGACCCACCACUACGUCUCCCGCCUCAACCAGGACGUCCUCCAGUGCCCCGUCUACGACUCCGACGACAAGCACGCCCGCCUCAUCGGCGUGGAGUACAUCGUGUCGAGGGAGAUCUUCGAGUCGCUGCCGGCGGAGGAGCAGAGGCUGUGGCACUCGCACGCGCACGAGGUCAAGGCGGGGCUGUGGGCCAACCCGUGGGUGCCCAGCGUGCUGGGCAAGCCGGAGCUGGACCACAUGGCCGGCACGUUCGGCAAGUUCUGGUGCACCUGGCAGGUGGACCGCGGCGACCGCCUGCCGCUCGGCGCGCCCGCGCUCAUGGUGUCGCCGCAGGGGGAGCGCGACGGCGCCGUGCGCCCGGACCUGGUGCGGAGGCGCGACCAGAGGUACAGCUUCUCCACGGAGGAGCUCAGGGCCGCCAGGGCCGACGUGGAGGUGCCGGCCGAGCCGCGCCCCGGCCAGGCCGACUACUGGGUCCGCCACCACAAGGGCUUCGCCGUCGACGUCGUGCCGCACGAGAUGAAGCGCCACGCGCCGUUUCCGUGA